GUUUCUGCAGACUGUUGAACUAUGGACUGUUGGCUCCGGGCUCCGGCUGGAACAGGUUAGAAUUCGACGUGUCACUGAUCAGCUGUCAUAGAACUUCACAGAUUCCUUUCAAUGCAACAUGAAUGUUGUGCUUGUAACCGGUGGUACAGGGCUCGUUGGUAGAGCCAUUCAAAAUGUUGUCGAAUACGACAAAAGGAAAAACGAGAAGUGGAUAUUUGUUGGAUCCAAAGAUGCAGAUUUGUGUGAUAAGGAGAGUACACAGAGGUUAUUCGAUGCUCACAAACCGACACAUGUUAUUCACUUGGCUGCCAUGGUCGGUGGCCUCUUCCACAAUAUGUCACACAAUUUAGAUUUUUUAAGGAAAAACAUACACAUAAAUGACAAUGUUUUGCAUACUUCUCAUGAGUACAACGUCGUGAAGGUUGUUUCGUGCCUUUCCACUUGUAUAUUUCCAGACAAGACAUCUUAUCCGAUAAAUGAAACUAUGGUGCACAAUGGACCGCCACAUCCUUCGAAUUAUGGUUACAGUUAUGCCAAGCGACUCAUAGAUAUUGCUAACAGAGGUUACUACGAUCAGCACGGCAGACUAUAUACCAGCAUAAUUCCUUGCAAUGUGUUUGGCCCGCACGAUAAUUUUCAUCCUGAUGCCAGUCAUGUAAUACCUGGUUUAAUGCGAAGACUCUAUGACUUGUGUAAUGAUGGAAAUACAGAAAAUAAGAUAUUCACUGUAUUAGGUUCUGGCAAACCUUUAAGACAAUUCAUCUAUAGCAUAGACUUAGCGAAACUAAUUAUUUGGGUGCUGCGAGAAUAUGAUUCUGUGGAACCCAUUAUAUUGUCCGUGGAUGAGGCGCAAGAAAUAUCGAUAGCACAAGUAGCAGAGACGCUAGCACGAACUUUUGACUUUAAGGGAAAGGUAGUGUACGAUACGACGGCGGCAGAUGGACAGUACAAGAAAACGGCAAGCAACACGAAGUUACGAAAGUAUUUACCCGAUUUUCAAUUCACCCCUUUUGAACAAGCGAUUAAAGAGACUGUUGAUUGGUAUAUAAAAAACUAUACUCAAGCGAGGAAUUAAAGUAACGGGAUUGCAAAUUUUCGCUAUAAUCUUGCAAUAAUUUAUACUUUAAAUGCAAACUUCCUUACAGUUUACUGAAAGAUUAACGGUAAACAAUAUAAAAGUUACUUGUUGAUGGGAAAUAAUACUGAGAAAUAUUGCAGAAAAGUAUUGCAGAUUGACGGGUAUUAAUAAUAUAAUUUUAUUGUAUUGAUAUUGUAAAAAGCUAUUUUCGAAGUAAAUUGUUUUUUACGAAACGUAUUUGUCACUCAGAAAGAGCGAGAGCGAAAUGUUUCGUUUACCUUUACAGAUGAAUUUAAUCAAGGUCUCUAAAAUCCACAGUAAUUUCGGUGAGUAUUUUCAAACUGUUAAAUAAACAUUUGAGGAUACGUAAAUAUUUUUAUUGAUCUGAAAAGUUACCUACCGAAUGCGCAUACUAAAGAUAGAUUUAGGCAAGCACCUGGCGUGAUGCAUUUAUUUUCGUUUACUCCUGAAGUAUAUUUUAGGUCAGUUUGCGCAUAAAUUUGACUUAUACAUCACUUUAUGAUGUGUAUUGACUACCGUGAGCGACAUGAAAUGUAAACGUAAUUUCGCAAAUGCGCAUCAUAAGCAGAAACUUUAUUGAUGAAUUUUUAAUUGGACCAAGAACCUUUCUUAACUUUUAACGUGAUUUUCAUACGUAUAUGUAUUUUCCUAUUUGCUAUUUCAAAAGUCUGGCGGAUGUAAUAUUUUGUAAUAGACUUUCCUUAAUAAAAAGGGUUUCUCGGAAAUAAAA